AUGGCAAUUCAUGCAUGGAAGAUUUUGCGGCGCCUAAAUGAAGGAACAAAGAUUUUCUUAGCAAAAGCACCUUCAACGACGCGUAUCGUGUAUAGAACCAAAAUUGACCAUUUGUUCAGUGAAGACUAUAUAAAUACUCAUCUCGGACUACGCAAGACAGAGAACAAAUUUGCUUUGAUCGUUACGAGUCUAUUGGUCGUCCAGGAAGACAAACUUGAAGCACUCUUUCUUCAGCUCAUGAUGGAGACCACCAAUCUUAAUUCGUCAUUGGACUUACGUCGCAAAAAUCUUAGCGGAUAA